CUUUAAAGGUAAUAUGCUAACUCAGAACUGCACACUGGACAAAAUUCAUUGAAUGGUGGUCAAAAUGAAGCAAAUAGCUUCCUCUCAAAGAGUCUCUGGUGUGAGGCAAUCAUCAAAACCUAUCUGUCAUUGGGAUUUGCACUGGACUGUCAAGAAAAACUGGACAUGGUGGGAUUAACUUUCAUUGGGGAUGCAAUGAUACCUACUCCAAUACAAAAAGGCCGCACUGAGCUCGAUCCUUGAAAAGAGGCCCUGAAACUCCCCGUUGGCACCUCGCCGAGUGAUUGUUUGCAUGCUCGAUCGCCUCUGGCGCUGCUGUCAAGACUGCGUCAACGAUUUUGUUCCUUCCGACCACAAGUCCUGAGUUGGAAUGAAAUGGUGGAAAGUACCGUCAACCAAGCCCUGUUGAGAUGCAAUUAUAUGAAUCGUCUCAUCUUGAAACGCAAGUCAAGGCAGGCGAUGACGGACGACGGUACGGUUGAGCUGUCACAACUUUGCUCACAUCAAGAAACAAAGACGCCCCCCCCCCCCCUCGAUGGGACGUGGGGGUCCACGUGCGCUGCGAUCCGUCGCUUUGACGGCACCCCCGAGCGUUGCGUGGGGGCCCGUGAUCUUCACACCGGGUUGUCACUGUCAGAAAAAUGUACCGGGAGUGGAUCUUCAAGGACAGCAUAUUUCAUGCGGUUUGGGCCAAUAUAUAACAAGACUGUGGCGAAUGUCAACACCUGGCGAGCCGGAUCGACGACAGCCACGCGCCCCGCGGUGAAGUCGUCGCAUCCGCUGGCUGGGCAUGUGUGUCACCCUAUUACAGGGCCAGCACCAGAAAGGUGGCGCAACAGUAGGCGCCACCAAUCAUCAUCACCGACCUACUGCCGAUCAGAUCUCCACCACCUCGCUAGACUCCUCGGCUUCCGACCCACCACGCUUGUAUUACUGUCCAAGCAUAGACUUCACCAUCAGUUGACACAACAGCUCCCACAGACAUUGCGCCACGCCUUCCUUUAGAGGGCCGACCCAGGCAGAACGUUGAGUUGGCUGUUAUAAACUCAAACACACGCUGCGUUCCAACGCCGGAUUUAGGUGGAAAUAGGACAAAGGUUUUACUGCAUACAAGCAGGCAGGAGUGUCUCAAGAGUGAGUUGGUUGAGGAUUCAAGGUAAUUAUGAUAUAAAAUAGCACCAUGCAUGCACUUUGAAACAUUGUGGCAAAAUAAAUCAACAGAUAAAAUUAGUGUAACUUUGGCUUGAAAUAUUUACGUAAAAUGAGUGACA